AUGACUAGGAAUUUGCCUACGAAAGUUGUCGUUCGGAGACUACCGCCAAAAUUAAAAGCUGAUGAUUUCAUCAGAAUUGUUGACCCCUUACCUGCACAUAACUAUUUUCGGUUUUGCGAUGCGGAUGAUACCCUAGGUGCACUUGGUCUCACGCGGGCAUACAUAAACUUCAGUGAUAUCGAUGCAUUGUUUGAUUUCAAGGAGAGAUUUGAUGGAUACACUUUUGUGGACUGUGAUGGUAACGAGUCAUGUGCAAUUGUUGAGUUUGCUGUUAAUCAGGAGCUUGCAAGUAGUAAAGGAUCUUCCGACGCUGCUGGAGAAACCUCAGAAACUGAAUCCAAGAAAACUCCUUGGGAAGUCAUCUUAGAUGAGAUACAGAAUAGGGAAGCUGUUGUUACGCAGACUCAGACCAUAACACCACUUCUGGCCUACUUAAACAGUCGUGGUGGAGAUAGGCGCAAAGAGGAAGAGUCAUCACGUCACAGACAGUUUAAACCAGUUAGUGUUGCAAUAGCCAAGGCGAAAUCAAGGGCAGACAAGCCCACACGGAUUCCGCCAGCAGUCAGACGGUCACAUGAUGUCAAGCGUAACUCAAUCGACCGUUCCAAUGCUAAUGGAGUUUCUGCCAAAGAAGGUUCUCAUCACAAUAAUAAAGAAGAGGACUUGGCAGCAACUGAUUCCAAAACACAAAAGAGCCAUAAGUCUGAAAAGUUGUCAGUCGUGUUAGAUGCAGAUGAAUUUCCUGCAAUGCAGAGUGUGCACCAACGUCAAGGUAAGUCAACAAGUCAACGGUGUGAUCGACCUUCAGCCUGGGUGUCAAACAAUUCAGAUGCAGUCUUUGACAAACCAAAUGCACCGGUGUCGAAAAAUUCCGUCACUACUGCAGAUUCAAGAACAUGUACAAAGACUUCAGAGUCUGUUUCUGAUAGCAAAAGUAGGUCAUCCCGUGCGCAAACAGAGGGGACUAAAAUACACGAGCGAGUAGUCGAUCUAGGUACUAAAGAAUCACCGGUAAAAAAUCCAAACGGACAAAUUUUGAACAGUCAAAAUGAAGCAACAUGUAGUGAAUACAGCUCUUCACAAGACGGUACACCUAAAUCUAAGAAAAGCAUCCAUCACCCACCUACCAAUCCAACACGCAAAGCACCCUCCAAACCUACGAAAGGUAGAUAUGAUUCGGAUGCCAGUAUGCAGAAUUAUGGUACAGCCGAUGAUCAGGAAAAUGAAUUUAGUUACGAUCGAUUCGGAAGUUUCUCGAAGUCUGGAAGUCGAGGUCGGGAUAGUCGGCGUGGUAUAACCAGCAGUCAUGAAACGUAUUCCAAUGCAUCUCGAGAUUCAUACAGAGGGUCACAACAUUAUUCAAGGGAAACUUCUGGUCGUGGUUAUGAUUAUGGAGGAGAUUCUGGUCGCAGUGACUACUAUUCUGAUCAGUAUAAUGCGAAUACCCGAUAUUCCUCUCGAAACCAAGGCUCAUCAGGAGGAAGAGGUCGAGUUAACUCGAUGGGUACUGGUGGUUAUCGUCGGCCAAGCGGUUACAGUUCUCGUGGUCGAGGCUUUUAA